AUGGAUAGUGAUGAGAAGGAGCUCUCUUCGGAGCAGCUUAACCAAAUACAUGGUUAUUACUUGGCACUGAGGCAGUUUUGCGAGGUUACGGGAGCACCGCAAGACAGAUCGUCAUCUUCAAGGGCCCAGAAAGCGAGAGCGAAGUUACUGAAGCUUCCCGCGGGGCAUUUUCUGGAACUUAGUACGGAUGUCCAUGAUGAGCUUCAGCGUAGGAUAGAUGAGACACAACAGCAGCCCAAUCAUUUGUUACCUAAAAAAAAUUUCCACGAUAAAAGGAAUCAGGCGCGUGAAAAACUAGCCAAUUUGUCUCAAAUGCGAUUUGGUGACUUGGUGGAUGAUAUUAUUUUUGAGAUUAGGAGACGUGGGUAUCAUGUUAAGGUAAGAGAUGCUUAUGCUCUAAGGGAGUCUGAUGGUUGCAUAGCGCCCGAGGGUCGCGCAGAGGGACGCGGAAAAACGUCAAUUGUGCGUGAUUCGCCUCAAGGACAUCACCGAAAAUCGCAAGAAGAGUCUGGAGGAGCCGUUGAUGUCCCAGACCAGAGCAACGUAAAAUCACCCUCCAGACAGGUCAAGAGGAGUAGCCAUCAGGAACAAUUAGAGAAUGGUGGGAAGCUCGGCGAAAAUUUUGAGCGACCAUCUCGCAAUAUUACUGAGAACAAAUAUGCGCAUACGGCACAAGUCAUUCCAAAGAGGGCUUCUAUAGAUUGGUCUACGGAUGAUGAAGAUGCGAUUAGUAACAAUGCUAAAACGGUGGGUGACCGGGGAUCUCUUGAGAUGAAUGGUAAAAGAAGCUCAAUGUAUAAAAUUGAUGAAAAUCAUGAAAAUCAUGAAAAUGAGGACAAUCAUGUAAAUGAUUCGCCGAAAAGAGGCCCAACGACUCCAAGAAAGGCCAUGCACUCUAAAAGUAAAAGUAGAGCAUCUGGUUCCUUGGAGGAAGAAUCGCGGAACGUAAGGGAGCUUAAGGAAUUAAAUGAAAGGCUAGAGGUUAAAGUAAAGGACCUGGCCAAUCAGGUCUUGAAAUUGGCAGGCGAGAACCAAACUCUACGUGACCAAUUGAAGGAAACAAUUAAUCUAUUGGAAGAUACGCGUAGUGAAUUGCAAAUGCAAAGAUUGACGGCCAAGCAGGAGAAUAUUACUGGCGACAUUAAACAGCAGCUAGAAAAUUUGAACGGUCAGUUGUAUGAGUUAACUUUGGAAAAUGAAGCAUUACAAAGGAAAAAUUUGACAAUGACAUUACAACUGGCAGACAAUGAUCAGACAAUUAAUGGUACUCAUAUAGACGGAGCAACAGCCAAAAUUGCUGCCCUUAAAGGCCAGCUUUUAGACUUAAUUUCUGAAAAUAAGUCAUUAAAGCUAUCCAAGGGUGAACCAAAACCAAGGAAGGUGGAACCAGCUGAACCAUCAAGAAGAGUAAACGAAAACUAUGAAAAAGAGAUGUCAUUAAUAACUUCGCAAUUGAAUGAGUUAUCAAUACAAAAUGAAUCCUUGCAACAGUUGAAUAUGGAGUUAGGCCUUAAAGUAAAGUUUUUGACCGGCCAGCUUGCAAAGUCUAACGGCAAUCAACCACCACGCAAAGGACCUGCUUUUGAUUUGGAGAGUAUAUCAAAGUAUAUCAAGUCUGAGGGUCUCAUUCCACUUUCACAUAUUAGACAUUUUAAUUUUAUGUUGGAGACAAUUUUUAAUCAUUUGGGUAAAGGCGAAAAGUCCGGCGAGGUUUUGUUUGAAGAUAUUGCUCGUGUUUCAGAUGCUGUAGAAAGUAUUCUCAAACUUAUCUCAGACCAACCUUAUAGCCAAGAGACAAUACUGAUAAAAGCCGCUACGUCUCAAGCUAUAACUGCUAUUCGAUAUUACGCUAAGAGCCCAACUAUUUUACCGGUGUUUGCCGUUGAAAGUGCAUUAACCGGUAUUUCGUUCACCAUAUGCAACCUAGUUGGAGUUGCUGGUAUCGAGCAACAUAGUAGUUAUCCACUUUUCAAUAAACCAGAGUCUGAAACUGAUUUGAAGGAUACUCUUACAAGGUCGGAAAAAUCUCCUGAAAGUCUCAUAGAUGAUGAAGGCAUUCUAAACUCGGUUAAGCCGUUGAGAAUUAUACAAAGGGUGAACAGUUUACCACAGGUCGAUAGUUCUUCAUCACUUUCCAAACUGUCUGGGACCUCUCUGAUAAGUGGUAAGAUGACCGAUGGGCAUGAAAGUAGAAAUAAGCGUAAUCUGACGCUUCCACUGGACGGAAAUAGUCGUUUGAGAACGGUGAAAAGUAGUAGUCCUUCUACUUUAAGGCAUGUUAUCGGUGAUCUACCGGGUACAUCGGAUCAAGGCGGACAAAAGACUACCUCUGCAGAUGAGUUUUCAAUUACUGCCACGACUGAUGUUAUAGAUCCAAGUCAAACGAACUUUGAUAGAGCAUUAAAGUCAGAGUUUGCUCCUGAGAACACUAAUAGUGAGUUGGAAGACUGCGUCAUCUCGGAUGGAAUACCAGAAACACCAAAUGCUGAAUUUCGGAUAUCUGAGGCACUAAAUGCUGAAUUUGGAAGAUCAGAUGCAUCAAAUUUUAAUUUAGGCAAGUCUAUUUCACAAGCUGUUAAUUUCGGGAGAUCAGAAGCACAAAACUCUAAAUCGGGUAGUUUGGUAGAACCAAGUAUUAAUUAUGGGAAACUGACUGCUCCCAGCCUUAACUUUAGCAGUUCAGAAGCACCAAAUGUUAGUUUCGGUGAAUCUGAGGAUCCCAAUGGUGAUGUAGAGAGAUCAGUAAUACAAAAUGUUAAUUUUGGCAAACCAGAGGCUCCAAAUUCUAACUUCGAGAGAUCGGAAGCUCAAGAUGUUAGUUUCCAGGAAUCCGAAGGGACUGAUUCUGGAUUUGAGAGAUCGGAAGCACCAUAUUCUAACUUUAGUAGGUCUGAAAUGCAAAAUGUUAGUUUUGGGGAAUCAGAAGGGCCCAAUUCUGAUUUCGAAAGGUCACAAGCUCCAUAUUCCAACUUUGGCAGACCAGACGCCCACAAUUUCAGUUUCGGGGAAUCGGAAACAUCUAAUGCCGAUUUCGAGAGUUCAGAACCGCCAUAUUCUAACCUUGGUAGGCCAGAAGCACAAAAUGCUAACUCUGUGAAAGCAGAAAUCCCCAAUGCUGGUUUUGAGAAACCAGGAGUAUUAAAUCCCCAGUUUGAAGGAGAAGCUGCUCCAGAGAAUGGUAUUAUCGACAAUUCUAUAGAAGCUAAUAAAGAUCAAAGUCCGAAAGUAAGUCACCAAAGUUUAAGUUCUAAGGAGAGUUUAUCUUCUCUGGGGAAUCCGUUUAUCGUAAAGGGUCCAUUCAACAAAGGCUUUGCACAAAUUAGUACCGAUAAUGGACCGGAAAAAGAAGAAGCUACUUCUCAGGACCCUGCCAUCAUAUCCCGCAGCAAUCUUUUUAAUGACAGAAACAAUAGCAUGCUUGAAAAGUCUACCACUCCAGUAAAGCGCACUUCGUUUUCAGGAUUGAGGCCUGAUUUAUAUAAAGAUGAUUACAAUUCCUCUGAAUCUGCCGAAUUUUCAUCACCAAGUGAUGACGAAAAUACUUACCAGGCGUUAAAGGAGAAUAUGAAGAAGAACCGUCUCAGUUGUGCCUCGUCAGAGAAUUCUUAUAAUUUAUAUCCUCUGCACCCUGAGGGGCCACAGCCUGAAGGGACACCAAAGCGUGAUAGUAACACUAGCGAAGUUCUUCGAGCAUCGGACUUCGACUUGGAGGUCAUAUCCAAAGUAGACUCGAAAACCAGUUCUAAGCAUGAAAUUCAUUCUCCCUCAAAAAACACAUUAUCUGAGGAACAUGAAAUGGAAAGCAAUGCUGUCAACUAUUUUUCAAAUGAUGAAGCCAAUAAAUCUUUGGAUAAAACUUCAACUACGGCACGGACUGUUGAUGUCAAUCCAAUUGAAAAUUCUACUGUUGAAACUGUAGCUGCUGAAAACGAGCAGCCAAAUGAAGAACAUGCAGGUCCUACAGAAGCUAGCUCGGAGGUGGAUUUUAACAUAGAUGAGUUUGAUAUUGAAAAUCCAGACAAUACCUUAUCGCAGUUGCUACUUUAUUUGGAAUACCAAACAAUGGACGUAAUAUGUACCAUCCAAUCGCUACUGACUAGUAUUAAAGAACCAAAAGCAACUGCAGGUAACCUAAGGUAUGAAUCAAGUGCCAUUAGUCAAGUUAUAGGUCAAAUGGUGGAUGCUACUAGCAUCGCAAUGAAUCAAACUAGAAAUGCAACACUAAAAGAACAUGGUAAUUGGGUUGUCAAAAGUCUUUCAGACUGCCGCAGCAGGAUGAUAGUACUAUGUAACUUAACACCAGAAGGUCUAUUUGCUACUGAAUCAACUGAUAGUCAAUUUGCAGACAAACACUUCAAACAAAGGUUGGCAGGUGUAGCAUUUGACGUUGCGAAAUGUACAAAAGAGCUUGUAAAGACAGUGGAGGAAGAAAGCUUAAAAGAAGAGAUAGAAUAUUUGGAUUCUAAGUUACAGAAAAAGUAA